ACACACACACACACACAGACUCAUAAACUUUAACACUUAUAUUUAUGAAAAUAAACUCAUGAAUUGAUUAUCAUCAAUUCUAAACUAUGUAUUUGUUGUUUCCACUUCAAACCACAUGAAGUCAUGGAGAUUCACCAUCACCUCUUCGUCUUUCUCCUCCUCCUCCUUCUUCCCCUAUGCACCUCCCAAGAAAAUACCAGAAGCUUGGCCAUUGAUGUCAAUGGUCAAGUCGAAACAAGUCUUAUCUCCGAGAAACUAAAUCCAAAGCUUGUGUACGAAAUCAAAGUGCAUGGAUUUAUGCUUUGGGCAUCGAUGGGUGUUUUACUGCCAAUUGGUAUAAUCUCCAUCAGAUUAAUAUCUAUCAAAGACCAACCUAUAAUCACUCUUCGACGACUGUUCUUUCUUCAUGUCAUUUCUCAGAUGGUUGCAGUGAUACUUGUGACAAUAGGGGCAAUAAUGUCGAUUAAAAACUUCAACAAUUCCUUCAAUAAUCAUCACCAACAGCUUGGAAUUGGACUUUACGCUAUUGUAUGGUUCCAAGCUCUUCUUGGCUUCCUCCGACCUCCAAGGGGAGGAAAAUCUAGAAGGAAGUGGUUUGUAGGACAUUGGAUAUUAGGAACAUUAAUUACUAUUCUUGGGAUGAUAAACAUAUACACAGGUUUACACGCUUACGCCAAAAAGACAUCAACAAGUGCUAAGCUUUGGACCAUACUCUUCACGGCACAACUCGCUUCUAUUGUCUUGGUCUAUCUUUUUCAAGAUAAGUGGUCUUAUAUCCAAAGCCAAACUACAUUUAACAGAAAUCAAUCCGUUGAUCAUAACAGCAACAUAUCAACCGCAGAGACUGGACAUGGAGACGGGGUCGAAGAGGCUAAACCCGAGUUAGAGAAAUGCUAAAAGCGCCUGUAAGCUAUUAGUAAUUUAAUUUGUUCUUAUCUUGAGAGAUUGUUUUCCAGGAGACAGAAAAGGUUUCAUAGGCAUUUGAAUUGAUUUGUAGAGUGGUAAUGACUGACUUUCGAGUU